UCCCCACAGGCUCCUCUGGCUCCUCUGGCCUCCAUGCCAUCGCCAGACCUGAAGACCUCCAUAGGGUCCUUUGAGUCCCUGUCAACCCUGAGCACCUCCCAGCCACCAGAGCCUUUGUGUCCCCUGAAGCACCCUUCACACCCGCCACAUGCCGGCACCCUAUUACCAAACCCGACCACCUCCGUAGAAUCCUUGGGGUCUCUGCCAUCCCUGAGCUCCUCCCGGCCACCAGAGCCUUUGCGUCUCCUGAAGCAUCCUUCACACAAGCCAUGUAGGCGUUCCACUCCCCGACAUCGGAACCCCAGCUGGGCGUCCUGGUCCGACUCCACCCAAGCUGAUUCUCAGACUGACGCCACAACAUGCCCGAUGUGCAGCGCCCCUGAGCGCUCUUGUCUACACAGCCGGUGGGUGCCUUUGCCUUCCAGCGCUCGAGUGAUCCGAGGCGUUGGUUGCUGCAGUGAUCCUGACCUGGACCUCUCCUGGAGCCAGGAGGCUGCCAGAGCCUGGUGCCUCUGCACCUCCUCACAGUGCCCAUUCCAGUGCCCUAAUCUUCCCACCCACCUACCAAAGGCUUCCCUCGAGGGAGACCCCACAUGCAGGCAGGGGAAGGCAGGGGUCCCACUUUCCUCAGCCUGGACGUGCCAAAGCUGCUGGACACACAAGGCACCAAAAUCCCAGACACCACCCUGA